CCAAGUUUACAAAUGUGUAAGCAUGAAAUUUCUGGAAUAUGGCGAAGAAUUUCUGUUCGACGACCUGCCGAAGGUGUACAACCCCACACAAAAAGUAUUCAUUACACGCCUUUACGACUUAAAACAACUGCAGCUGCCGAAGAAAAUACCAAAAAUAUAUACAACCAAAGCGCUUGCUUGGCGUCUGAAGGUGCAUUUCAACAGCAAUAACGAGCAGCACCUGACGGACUCAAAUUUUGUCUUCCUAGACCCCACUAAAAGUCCACACAACCUUCAUCUCAGCGGUGAAAAGCGUUGUAAGGUGUAUGUAUUCGAGGAGACCUCAACGACACGCAAUAUUAUGUUACUCAUACAAAAAGAUGGGAAAAUCACACAUUUGUAUGCUGGCGCUUGUGUCUUCAUGCGUGAAAUUUUACUUAAUGAUACAUUUGUUUCAUGCAUCAGUAUGGGUGUUGAGAAGCUAUACAUGGAUUUAAGGCGUGCAACAAGUCCGUGUAACCCCAGCGAGUUGAAUGAUAUUGUGGAAGAACUAGAUCGUAAAUUACACAAAAGCAAAUUACUUCAUAAAAUACAGUUGCUGGUUAAAAUAUUCGGCGACGAAGAAUUAGUGGCUGAGCUGGGAAAUCAACUCCGCGGUUUAGUGCAUUUAAAUGAUACAUUUCUAAAUUACCAUGGACAUUUUCUGUGCUUGGAACAUUUCCAGAUGGACGCCGAGAAAGCACGUAUAUUCGUAGAACACGAGCCAAAUAAGGAAGAAUGUUUGAAAUAUUGUCUUAAUUCGGAAGUACUAGUUACCGUCAAAUUAACAACUGACAAGUGUGUGAAAGACAAAUCGAACAAUUAUUUAGAAAUACACUACUCGCCCUUGCCAAGCCCUUUUAAUUUAAAAGUGCUAGCGUCUGCGGUGUAUCCUGGUCAUAUUUUUGGCAUUACAUAUGGUAAUAUGGAACCGCCAAGUUUGCCCGAAUAUUUGCGCAAUUUUUGCAGAAUACCGGGCAGACCGCGGCUGCCAAAAAAGAGCAAACAGCCGAGCGGGGAUGGCAAACCAUUGCCUGAAGAAAAGGUCAGCCCAAACAGAAAUACACCAGCCGCUUAUUGUAUACGCAAACCGAAUUUUGAGUAUUUGGAUGAUGAAAGCAAUGAUGACGAUAGCGAUGCGGCAAAUUAAUCUUGGAUAUACUAUGUACUUAGACAUACAAAAAGUAUUAAAUCUUAUAUAUUUAAGUAGUAAUAGAGAGGAGUAUUUUGAA